CGCCAGAAUGCACCGUGCAAGCCACCGUGCAAGCAGACAUUCGGUCUGUCCGCCACCCAGCCAUCCAUCCAUCCAUCUAUGCCUCCUCCUCAACGUGGGGGCUUAUCAGCUCGGACACCGCAUGUGCAGUGGCCGUGAUGAGCGACGUGCGGGGCUGCGAUGAGAUGUCCUCCACCAUCUCUGUGUACGCCACACCCCACACACUCGGACACCUCACUACCUGAUUAACGAAUUGGCGAGACACAUACACACAGAGGUGAAAGCGCAACACACGGAGACUGACCAGCGGCAAUUCGCCCUUGACAGGUGCGGCCACAGCGCCAGAAAACGACACAACACGGCCCCUUUCCUCAUCUGAUCACACACACACACACACAGGCAGGCAGGCAGGCAGGCAGAGACAGUCAUUGCAAAGGCGCCCAUGUGAUGCCAACACAGCUAGCCGGCGUCACCUGCCACAAAUACAUUCCCCUGGCUGUCUGUCGCGAUGUCUGUCGGCUUCCUGACGGCGGUCGAUAUCCUUAUCGGGUUCCCUGGCCACAUUCAACCACCCCACAAAUGCAAUGGAACGGCGUCUCGUGUGCUGGUUUGGUUACCGCCGUCUUUCUUCAUGGCAUAGAUGGCCCCACCGAAGCCUGGACGAGCAGCGGGACUCCGCUGCAAUCAGCACAAGGAGGAACAAUCAAACGGGCGAAGGAAGCAGCCCCGUUUGAUGUGUGGCACUGACUGCAGUCGUGUAGUAGACGUGUGCGCCGUCCGCAGCGACACCCAAUACAGGCUCCUUCGUUCGAGCCAAUACCUGCCAGAUGAGUGCAUUUCCAGGCGGAAGACACACACACACGAGAAACCUGAUACCUUAACUUGCCCAGAGUUCUCAGGCUUCUCAGGCGCCUUGACGACGGAGAAGUCCUGUUGGUCGUUGCCCCACACUAGUGAGAUGCUGUCAUGGGCCAACCCACGAGGCGCCAUCACCUUGGCGCCAGCACCCGCAUACAAACUUGCCGGCGGCUCGCCCGCAGACAUCAUCUCCACCGUCAUAUACUGACCACACACAUACACACAGACGCCCAUCCCAUUCCAUACAAUUCUGAGUCCAUUCAUGGAAGGGAUCCCACGCUCGCCUGCAGUGCGUUUUUUCCCUCUGCGUUGAAGUAGAGAGAGCCCUGGUGGUCGACGGCAAUGUAGCGGACGGACACUCCAGAUGCAACGGUGGUUGGGAUGCGGUCACAUAAGAGAUCUGAUCCGUGGACGAACGCCUUGUACUGAAGGAUCUUGGACAGGCCGCUGUCCGCCACAUAGAGCCGGCCCCUCUCUGCGUCUACAGCAACUCCCCGAGGGCUCACGAGGCCGUCCUCUGAUCUCAGCAGAUUGAAAGUGGACAAACCCUGACGCACACCCACCAAAGCUCACGCUUUUGAUUGUGGUGCCUUUGUGUGUACAGUACAUGUUCAUCGCCGAAUGAAUCGAGUUUGACGAACGAAACGGUCCCUUCGGAUGCCGAUGAGAGGACGAGAAAGCGGUGGAUGGGAGGGCUGGAGCGUUUGGCAAAGGCACUCCAUGGCAGAAGGAUGCCAAGGCACAGCAGCAAGAAGCCUUUCAU